AGGAAUGUAUAAGUUAGCUAGAUUGUUGUUAUAACUGACAUAUCAUCUCAACAACUGGAAAACAGAGACGACAAGCCUUCGAUAUUUAUUUGAUCUGAACUAAAGCAAAGAAACGACUUGUUCGCGACUCCACUCGAAUUUUAGCGGAAUUCACUCAACUCGUGCAAGCACACGCAAUCAAACGCUAUAAAACCAUUGAUUGUGCACUGAACCGUAGAUUUUUUCGUUUAUAUAUAUAGCUAACAAAAGGCGCGAUGAAUAGCAUUGGUGAAGUCAGUUCAGGCGGAGAGUUCUACGACGACGAAGAGAUGCCGGCUACCGAAAGGGAACUGGCGGAAGAUGCUCCUUGGAAGCAAAUCCAGAAGAAUACUUUUACCAGGUGGUGUAACGAGCAUCUGAAAUGUGUCAACAAGCGUUUGGGAAGCUUGGAGACGGAUUUAUCCGAUGGUUUGAGGCUGAUUAGCCUCCUGGAAGUACUAUCCCAGAAAAGAAUGGAUAAGUACAACAAGAGGCCUAAUUUCAGGCAAAUGAAGCUGGAAAACGUUUCCGUGGCGUUGAAAUUUUUGGAAAGAGAGAGAAUCAAGCUUGUUAGCAUUGACAGCAAAGCUAUCGUUGACGGAAAUUUGAAACUUAUACUGGGAUUGAUAUGGACGCUUAUUUUGCAUUAUUCCAUUUCAAUGCCGAUGUGGGACGAGGACGAAGGCCAGGUCGAAAAAACCAAAGCUACUCCAAAGCAGAGACUUUUGGGAUGGAUUCAAAACAAAGUCCCUCAAAUGCCAAUCACCAAUUUCAACAAAGAUUGGCAAGAUGGCCGUGCUCUUGGAGCUUUGGUUGACAAUUGUGCCCCAGGAUUGUGUCCCUCUUGGGAAGACUGGACUCCAGAAAACAGGCUCCAAAAUGCACAGGAGGCCAUGGGACUAGCCGACCAAUGGCUAGGUGUAGCGCAGGUUAUCGCACCGGAAGAAAUCACCAACCCGAAUGUGGACGAACACAGUGUUAUGACAUAUUUGUCUCAAUUCCCCAAAGCACAACUAAAACCCGGUGCGCCAUUGCGCCCAAGAACGAAUGCCAAACGUGCACGUGCUUACGGAAAAGGUGUGGAACCCCAUGGUUUGAAAGUUGGUGCACCCGCACCUUUCACAGUAGAAACUGUAGGAGCAGGAAACGGAGCUGUAUUGGUUUAUUUGACUGAUCCAGAAGGACACGAGACGGAAUUGCGCUCGACUCCUAACAAUGAUAAAUUGAAAACAUUUUCCGUUGUUUACCAUCCCAUGGUACCGGGAGAAUAUAAGGUCACUGUACUUUUUGCUGGCCAAGACAUUCACAAAAGUCCAUUUUUGGUAAAUGUCGACGAUACACCAGUCGACUCAAGCAAGGUGCAUGCCAAAGGACCUGGACUGCAAAAUGGAAAUAUUGUAGGAAAGGAAACGUAUUUCGACGUUUUCACAGAAGGCGCCGGAAUCGGAAACGUAGGGGUCAACAUUAUCGAACCUGAGGGGAAACUUCGCCCGGAAAUCUCACAAAUUGAUGAAUAUGUUUACAGGGUGAAAUACACCCCACGGAGUGCAGGAAAUCACGAAAUACACAUCGAUUUUGCCGAUCACCCCAUCCCAAAGAGUCCAUACCAUGUCCAUAUAUCAUUGCCGCUUAAUCCUGGUGCAGUUUGGGUUGAUGGACCUGGAAUCCAACCCGACGGUGUCGUCUUACGACAGAAGACCUAUUUCACCGUACAUACAGAGAAAGCUGGGGAAGGGCAAUUAGCUGUUAAAAUUGUAGGACCCCGUGGAGUUAACGAACCGCUCAACAUCGACGACAACCACGAUGGAACAUACACUUGUCAAUAUCUACCCAGCAAACCAGGGCAAUACGUUGUUUCUAUCACAUACGCAAGCAAACCAGUACCAGACAGUCCAUUCAGGGUGAAUGUAUCAGUACCAGCUGAUCCCAGUAAAGUAAAAGUACGCGGACCUGGUAUUGAAACUGGAAAUGUUGUUGGGCAACCCACAUAUUUUGAAGUUAUUGCAACAGAUGCCGGGAAUGGGGACGUGGAGGCAGUAGUUUAUGAUCCAGAUGGCAACCCAAGGACUGUACAAGUAGACAUUGAAAGUCGUCCUAACAAUGUAUGGAGAUGUACCUACACUCCAAGGGAGAAGGGUACUCACAAAAUAGAAGUUAAAUUUGCAGGAGAUCAUGUGCCAAAAAGUCCAUUCAGAGUGGAUAUUGUCCCAGCUUCAAAUGCAAGUGCAUGCCGAGCAUAUGGACGUGGAAUACAACCAAAAGGUGUGCGAAUGCGAGAGAAAGCAGAAUUUCAUGUUACAACAAAAGGCGCUGGUGAUGCUGAGCUGCAGGUCCAUGUAAAAGGCCCAAGAGGUCACUCUGAACCUGUCACAGUAAAGAGGAAUCCACAAGAUCCAGAUAUUUAUGAUUGUGAGUACUACCCUCUCAAGAAUGGAGAAUAUACUGUGGAUGUCAACUUUGGUAAUAAACCAAUCCCAAAGAGUCCUUUCAAGGUUGCUGUUGGCAAAGAGGCCGGACCACAGAAAGUUCGUGCUUAUGGACCAGGUCUUCAUGGUGGUAAAGUUGGACAUUCUGCAGAUUUUGUUGUUGAGACGACAGGAAGUGAAGUAGGACAACUUGGAUUUUCAAUUGAAGGACCAUCUCAAGCACGUAUUGAAUGUGAUGACAAAGGUGAUGGAUCAUGUGAUGUAAGAUACUUUCCAUUAGAAGCUGGUGAAUAUGCAGUUCAUGUGCUCUGUGAUGAUGAAGACAUCAAACAUUCACCAUUCAUGGCACAAAUUGAACCAGAUGAUCACAAAACCUUCCCAGAUAAGGUGAAAGCUUAUGGACCUGGUUUAGAAGAAAAUGGCCCUGUUGCUGGGCGACCAACAGAAUACACCAUAGAUGCCAGAUCUGCUGGAAGACCUGCUCCAAUCACCAAUUCAAUUGUGACUGCUAAUGGUGAAGAAGUACCAGUAGAUGUGCAAGAUAAUGGAGAUGGCACAUACACAUGCAGAUACACUCCUCGUGCUGCACAAAAACACACAAUCAUACCUACUUAUGAUGGCAUUGCAGUAAAAAAUAGUCCUUUCAGAGUUUUGGUGCAAGAAGAUUCUCACCCAGAUCGUGUGAGUGUUUAUGGACCAGGAGUUAAACCUGGAUUGAAAGCAGAAGAGCCAACUUAUUUCACUGUUGAUUGCAGUAAAGCUGGAUCUGGUGACAUCAGUAUUGGAUUGAAAUGCACACCAGGACUUACUCCAUCACAACCUGAAUCCGACAUUGCUUUUGAUAUAAUCAAAAACGAUAAUGAUACUUUUACUGUGAAAUAUACACCACCAGUUGCAGGUAAAUACACAAUCAUGGUGUUGUUCGCUGAUGUUGAAAUCCCAGAUAGCCCAAUCAAUGUGCAAGUUGCAUCAAAUCAUAAUGCAAGAAAAGUACGAGCAGAUGGACCUGGAUUGGAAAAAGAUGGUGUUGAAAGUGGAAAACCAACCCAUUUCACAAUUCAUACUAGAGGUGCAGGAAAAGCCAAACCAGAUGUUAAAUUCAGGCCCAAAAACCAACAUGCUGUCGCAGCAAAACCAGAGAUUAUAGAUAAUGGGGAUUCUACAUAUACUGUAAAAUACACACCGGACGGACAAGGACCAAUGGAUGUCGAGGUAACCUAUGGAGGAGAUGAAAUUCCAAAAAGUCCUUUCCAUGUCAAUGUUGCUCCAGAACUUGAUGUCGGACAAGUACGCGUCAAGGGUCUUCCAGAACAAAUCGAGGUUGGCAGACCUGAAAGUUUCACUGUUGAAACUGAUGGUGCAGGUGGAAAGGGAAUUUUGGAUGUCGCCAUGGUUGGACCAGACAAGAGGCCUGUACCAGUCAGAGUGAGAAACUCUCCAGAUGAAUCGAAAUGCACUUUUACUCCCAAAGAAGAAGGUCCACAUCGCCUUGAUGUUACUUAUGACGGUGAACCUGUCCCAGGAAGCCCAUUUGUUGUUGAGGCUCUCAAACCUGCAGAUGCAGGCAAAGUGAAAGCUUAUGGACCUGGAUUGAAACAUGGAAUUGUGGAUCAACCUGCACAAUUUACAAUUGAUACUACAGAGGCUGGAAAUGGUGCCCUUGGUUUGACUGUGGAAGGACCUUCAAAAUCAAAGAUUGAAUGCGUGGAUAAUGGUGAUGGAACCUGUUCAGUAUCUUACUUACCACUGGAAGCUGGUGAUUAUAAAAUCAAUGUGUUAUUUGCUGAAGAACAUAUUCCAGGAUCACCAUUUAAAGCCGAAAUUGAGCCGGCUUUCGAUUCAUCAAAAGUACGAGCAAAAGGCAAAGGACUCGAAAACGGCAAAGUUGGCAAGAAAUCUGCUUUUGUCGUGGAUGCAUCUGAUGCUGGUGAAGCCCCUGUUGAAGUGCAGGUUGUUAAUGAAGAUGGAUCCAAAGUUCCUGGUGUCAGAGUUCACGAUAAUGGAGAUGGAACUCAUGAUGUAUCAUUUGUGCCAAAUAAACCUGGUGAUGCGACCGUGGCUGUUAAAUAUGGAGGUGAUGACAUUCCAGGAACUCCCAAGAAGGUUCAUAUCACACCCGAUAUCGAUACCAGCAGUGUUAAGACUUAUGGACCUGGAGUUGAAAAAUCAGGAGUUUUGACUGAUGUGGACACCAGUUUCACUGUUGAUGCAAAACGACUUGCUCCGAGGGGUGGAGAUCAUAUUAAUGCUAAGGCUGUUAUGCCAUCUGGUGAAACAUUACCUAUUGAUGUAACAGAUAAUGGUGAUGGAACUUAUGAAGCUAAAUAUUGUCCAUUUGAACAAGGUCCCUGUGAAAUCCUGGUCGACUAUGAUGGUUGUGAAGUACCAGGGUCACCCUUCCCUGUUAAUGUUGAAGAAGGCUGUGAUGCCAGUAAAGUCAAGGCAUAUGGUCCUGGAUUGAUAAGUGGAACCACUGAAGAACCUGCCAAGUUUACCGUAGAUACAAGAGGAGCUGGAACUGGUGGCCUUGCAUUGGAAGUUGAAGGACCAUCUGAUGCUAAAGUCACUUGCACCGAUGGUAAAGAUGGGACAUGUCAAGUUGAAUAUUUGCCAACAGAAGCUGGACAAUAUGAAGUCAAUAUUACAUAUGGUGGUGAUGCCAUUCCCGGAUGUCCAUUUGUUGUUCCAAUUAAAGAUAAGGUUGAUCCUACAAAGGUUGUCUGCACUGGUCCUGGACUAUCACCAGGGGUUAGGAAGAACAUUCCUCAAGAAUUUCUUAUUGAUGCAAGCAAGGCUGGAAUUGCCCCCGUGGAAGCAACAGCAAAAGGACCGAGAGGUGUGAGAGAUCCAAUUAAUGUCAUUGAUAAUGGGGAUGGAACACACACUGCAAGAUACACACCAACUGCAGAAGGUCUUUACCAAGUGAAUGUACAAUACGCAGGGGAAGAUGUACCUCAUAUGCCACAACGUGUGAGAGUGCUUCCAACACAUGAUGCAAGCAAGGUGAAUUGCUCUGGUCCUGGAUUGGAAUCGACUGUACCAGCAUCAAUGCCUGUGGAGUUCAUGAUCGAUGCGAAAGAAGCUGGUGAUGGAAUACUUGCUGUUCAAAUCACGAAUCCAAAACGUGAAAAAACUGUCAGUGAAGUUGCUGCUCCCUCGAGUAAGAAAGCUAGAAAAGAUAGCUCAAGCUCGAGUUCGUCUGAUGACGAUGAUAAGGAUGGGGAAGGGAAGAAGGAUCCAGAAGGUUACCCGAAAAAAGCUAAAAUUGUUGACAACAAUGAUGGAACUUACAAUGUAUCUUAUGUACCGGACAUGACUGGCAGAUACACAAUUUCUGUCAAAUAUGGAGGUGAUGAAGUGCCAUAUUCACCAUACAGAAUCCGUGCUACUCCAAUGGGUGAAGCAGGCAAAUGUGUGAUAUCAGUGAUCGUGGGAGGCAAGCGAUGUGAUGGACUUGGCCCAACAGUUCCAGUUGGCAAGGAGGCAGUUAUAUCUGUUGAUGCAAGCAAAGCUGGUCCUGGUAAAGUGAAUUGUUCCAUCAAUACACCUGAUGAUGGAUUGUUAGAUGUUGAAGUGGUUGAAAACAAGGAUAAAACUUUCGAUGUGUUUUACACACCACCCAAGCCUGGACCAUACGCCAUCAACUUGCGCUUCGGUGGAGAAAAUAUUCCAGACAGUCCUUUCAGUGUUAAGGCGGUUGAUGAGCCUGAAGAACAACAACGCAUGAUUGAGGAAGAUAGGAUUGAAGCAGUAGAUGCUGCACCAGCUCAUGCAUACAUGAAUGGAAAUGGUUUAGAUGCUUUAGAGCAGGCAUUGGAUGAAAGCGAUAUAUUACGAGGAGUAGACUUUGUGUUCGAAGUACCACAGACUCCAGGAGAAUUAACAAGUGUUGUUCGAAUGCCAUCCGGUAAAACAUCUGAACCGAAAAUUAUUGAUAAUGGAGAUGGAACUGUGUCUAUAAGCUAUCUACCAACGGAAUCAGGUCUUCAUGAGAUGGACAUUUUGUUCAACAAAGAACACAUACCAGGAAGUCCAGUACAAUUCUAUGUUGAUGCUAUUGCACCAGGACAUGUAACUGCUCAUGGUCCGGGACUUGUAACAGGAAGAGUCAACAAGCCUGCAAAUUUCACAAUUGUAACAAAAGAUGCUGGACAAGGUGGAUUGGCACUUGCUGUUGAAGGUCCUUCUAAGGCAGAAAUCAAAUGUGUAGAUAACAAAGACGGAACUUGCUCAGUCUCUUAUGUACCAACUGCUCCCGGUGAAUACAGCAUUGCUGUUAAAUUUGACGAUGAACACAUUCGUGGAAGUCCAUUUACCGCUAAUAUCACAGAUGGUACAAAACCACACUCUGGAAAAGUUGUUUAUGGUGCUAUGAGUGACAUUGCAUUGAAGAUUAACGAAACGGAUUUGAGCCUUCUCACCGCAAGUAUCAUAUCACCAAGUGGUAGAGAGGAAGAUUGUCAACUCAAACACAUGCCUAACGGGCAUAUUGGAAUUUCUUUCACACCUCAUGAAGUUGGUGAACAUUUGGUUCAUGUGAAGAAACGAGGUAGAGAUGUCGCCAAUAGUCCUUUCAGAAUUAUGGUCGGAAAAUCUGAAAUUGGUGAUGCAAGCAAAGUACUCGUAUAUGGUAGUGGAAUUGAGAGAGCAAGAUCUCACGAAUUAGCUGAAUUCUUUGUUGAUACUCGACAAGCAGGAUAUGGAGGAUUGGGUUUGUCUAUUGAAGGUCCAAGUAAAGUAGAUAUAGAUUGUCAUGAUCAGAAGGAUGGAGUUUGCAGAGUUACCUACACACCACAAGAACCAGGAAACUACAGUAUCAAUGUCAAAUUUGCUGAAAGUCAUGUGCCAGGAUCACCAUUUACCGUCAGAUGUACAGGUGAAGGAACACACUCGGAAAGUAUUGUUAGACACAGGAAAGCACCAUCUAUUGCAACUGUUGGCAGUUCAUGUGAUCUCAACUUAAAAAUACCAAACAACUACUGGCAAAGUGCUUCAUCUGGAACUGUGGCUGUGGGAAGUUCAUCGUCUGCGUACCGACAAUCUUAUAGUAGAUCUGAACAUACAAGUUAUACAAAGUCUAGUGUAGGUAGCCUCGGUCAACAAACGGUCAUGCAGGAAUCGAGGUCAUAUGGAGCAGAAGACGGGCAGGGUAAAAAAGCAUCAUCCUUCGUUCCUGUCUUUAGUCAUCGGUCUGAUUUUGGUACUUUUCAACACACUGGAAAAUUGAAAGAAGCCAAUAUUCGUGACUUGACUGCGACAGUAGAAAAUCCAUCAGGAGAAGUAGAAAAGGCUCAAAUAUUUGAAAGUGGAGAUAACACAUACAGUAUUCGAUUCAUCCCCAAGGAAAUGGGAGUCCAUACAGUCAGUGUUAAGUAUCUCGAUGAACAUGUACCAGGAAGUCCAUUCCAAUUUACAGUUGGUCCUCUUGGAGCUGGUGGAGCUGGCAAAGUCACAGCCGGUGGUCCUGGAUUGGAAUCUGCACAAGUUAAUAUACCAGCUGACUUUAACAUCUGGACUCGUGAAGCUGGUGCAGGGGGAUUAUCCAUUGCAGUUGAAGGUCCUUCGAAAGCAGAAAUCAAUUUUGAAGAUCGUAAAGAUGGAUCAUGUGGUGUUUCAUACAUCGCUACUGAACCUGGUGAUUAUGAGGUAUCUGUGAAAUUCAAUGAUGAACAUAUUCCUGGAAGUCCGUUCCCCGUUGAAGUAAAAGGUGUCGGUAGUGCACCUACGUCUCCCAGAAUGAAGUCUGAUGCAACACAAGUAAAUUCAUAUGGAAAAGGAUUGAGACGAGGUAUAAUCGGAGACAACAAUACAUUUACUGUCGAUUGUUCUUUAGCUGGCUCAAAUAUGCUGUUGGUCGGAGUGCAUGGACCACUUACACCAUGCGAAGAAGUCUAUGUGAAACAUAUCGGAAAUCGGCGCUACACAGUCACAUACACUGCAAAAGAACCUGGCGAAUAUACAUUAAUUGUGAAAUGGGGCGAGGAGCACAUACCAGGAAGCCCCUUCCAUGUGAAAAUUUCGUGAAACAUUACAUUAAGGAAUUUUCCCAAUUUUCUUUAUGGCUAGCUAUUGGUCUAGACUUUUAUCGUCAGAUCACGCCCGAUUAUGUGUCUUUUCUAUAUAAUGAAUCAUGCUUGGCAACACAUGAUCAUUACAUAAAGUGAGGUGGUAUAUGCUGUUUGGUGUCUUUGCACAAUAAAAGAUUUUACAACUCUAGAACUUAGAAUCAUUUUGAUAUUUUUAGACCUUUGAGCUAUGUAGGCAGCUUACAAUAAAAACGUAUGAAACUAAAUUGGUAAACGCCCAUUCGGUAUUGCGUUCCCAGUCAUCCUGAAAUAUUUGGGAACCACCUACUCUUGGCGAAUUAGAAAAUUAUUCUCUGUCAGUUUUAAAUAUGUCCACUUGCUGAGCUAAUAUGAUAUUUCUAAAUUUAUCAACCUUUUUUGUCAGUUGACUUUUUUGAUCCCAGAACACGCAAAUCAAUUUUAUGUUCCCAAAUAUACAGCGCUACAAUAUAUUGGAAAAAUAUAUGGCUAAGAGUUUAUAUUUGUAUAUAUUUAUAUAUUUUGCGAAUCAAGUGAAUUUUUUGAAAUUGGUUAACCUAUACAUAUUAUAAUAGGAAAAUAAGUAUACUUUUUCCUGCUUUUGUGAUCAAAAAUAGUACAUUUAAUUAUCUAUCUUGAUGAAAAAUCACUCAUUUCUCGUAACAAAAAUUGUAAUGUGACGUCAUAAUAAUAAAUUUGAUAAAAAAAAUCAUCUUUCUCAUUUCAUGACAUGUUUUUCUAUCUUUUGUGUUGUAUUUGGUGUGAUUUCUGUUUAUUAAUUAAUGGUCAUCGUCUGUAACGUGCUUCAUUACAUCAUCCAUGUCAUAGUUUUACUAUUUUCGUUUGUCGAAUCGGUCGCUAUUACAAAAUUUGCUUUGUAUAUUACAAUCAGUCUAUCCUUUUCGAACAUUAUAUCAGUGCUUCGCUCUAACACACUAAUGUCUUGCAUGAUAUAAUCCAGCGCAGAAAAAAUACAUAUAGUGUGACGUAUA